AUGCGGACCCCCGGGCUUCCCGACCUGCCCACAGGCCCCGUGCCGAGCCUUCCGGCUCCGCCGCCGCCACCACCUCCCCCGCCGCGGCCGCCGCCGCCGCCCGUUUGGCGGGUAAGUUCCAUCCUCACUACUUUACACCUGUGCCAUGAACUUCCUCCCAAGCGAAUGAUGUCGGCUUACCAGGCGCGGAGAGUUCGUGGUCUAGCAGCUCUUGUUCUAUCGGAUCUAAGACUGCUGGCCGCCUCUCCGAAGCUUGUGGUCUAUUGA